GAUACUUAUUCCUACCCCUUUAAUUGGUUUUCAAUACUGUACUCAAUGUUGUGGAAACAGCCUUACGGGCGCCAUCUCACUACUUUCGUCGUACAUUCGCCCUUGUUUCGUCAGGCAAGACGGUUCUUUGCUAUUCGUUCCACGAGUUUUUUGCUAGAUGGUAGCUCUCCCAACAGUAAAACAAUCACGGCGCCAAGCACUGCUGAUGAAGAGGAUCAUCAAGAAUUAGAGCGAGAACGCAAAUUGCGCGAACGCUUUACUGAGAAAGUUCAACAAAGUUUUCCACAAACACAAGGCCGUAGUGAGGACGGGAAACGGGAAUCAUCCACCAACAUUGCACUUCCAAAUAACUCCACGGAAAGCACUGGCUCUUCCAUCUUCAACUUCUUCUUGGCACUUUUGCUUCUUUACUCAUUAUUGUUAUUAUUUCGCCAUGGAUCUCAGAUGGCCGAUCUGCAACGAAUACCCUGGAGAGAACUCCCCAUAGUCACUGUAGCAUGUUUUUUACUCCUCAAUACUUUAUAUUCAAGUAAAGAUAAGAUGCGUAUUAAAAAUGAGUUUCAGGACGCUUCCCAGAAAAACCCAUAUCUGACGUUUGAUCAGUUUAUUGCGCAGCGCUAUCCAAAUCUUUUUGAAGGGUAUCAUGCUUCUCAAGCGGAGGCCAUUGCGGCUGUCUCGGCGUGUUUAGUUGUUUCGAAGGACCUAAAAUUAGCUAUAACUAUGUUACGUGCAGUUCGAAAUGGAAAGGAUACUCGCGCCUCGGUGGAUGCUCUUCUGGAAGCAUUGCGCAAAGAUUUCCCAAAUGUUUUCUGAUGCACUAUUUAUCGAAAUGAUAGGAAAGGGGAGGAAACGAUUAAAAAAAGCCACAUUCACUGUAAAGAGUUGAAAGAAGAUGAAAAGGUGAAGUCAACAUUUUCCCUAAUAAGCUUUUCACAUACAUGUUUCAACAAAUACAGAGCAAUACAGACAAUCAUACAAAAAAUCAAUCCCCAAAACUACAAUCUAUUCUACUUUCUUUUUGUUUGAUUGUGUUGUGUUGGACCGGAGCUAGCGGUGAAGCAUCUCUCCACUAUAAUGUAGGAAUGAUCUAGCACGUAUUCAAUAGUAUAUGGAUUAGCAUGUCACCCUUGUUUUUCGGUAAAAUAAAGAUCAUUGUCCCGAGUUGUGAAAAAAUUAGAAAUUGAAUUACUUCUCCAUCUACACACACACGAAA